UUCCAGGAUCAUGUCAGUUAUUGAGAAUCCUUUAGCCUAUCUAAAUGAAACUAACCAGACAGAAUACGACGAACAAACCCCUAUGUCUAAACCAGUUGAGACGAAACCAGCAGUAAGACCAGCACGACUUUCAGCUGAGAAUAGACCGUCAGUAAAACCUGGCACCACACUAGACGAUACUCCUCUGUCUUCAGAUAAAGAAAAGUCAAUGUCUCCACGACAAUUAAACUGUACUGGGUUCACUACUAGUAGUGCAGGAGACAGACUUUGCAGUGUAUCGGACCUUCCAGACCUUUCUCUUUCGUCACAAAUUGGGGCUGAAGGAGAUGAGAAGAACCUUAUCUUAGGGAACUCAGCUUGUGAUAAGUCAGUAAAACAUGCCAAAAAAGUGGGGGAAUCAGUUCAAAAAGACCCCUCAGAUAACCCCGAACAGUUAGAUAAAGAGAAGACUUCGGGUGCCGGGUCAAAUAUCAUUUUAGCUCUAGCAGAAGGUUUAGAAUCAGAUGACUCGGAGGAUGAUGAGUAUGUGCCAGGAGUAGAUCCUGUGGAGAAGGAGGAGCCGGGGGAGGAGGAAGAGAAGGAGGAAGGAGAGGAGAUCGUUUCUAGACAGUAUUCUCUUAGAGACGGUAUCAAGGGUACAGAAGUAGAGAAAUCAAGGAGGUUUCACAUGAUGACUCAGAAAAGAAGAAAGCAGAUGACCUUUGGAGUGCUUUUAAAGCUGAUGUUGCAGUUCCCAUCAAACGGAAAGCCAAAGAGUUUGAGACUACAAUAAAAGAGAAGACCUACGAUUUUGCUGGAGAAAAAGUAACAGUGAGAGAAGAGAUAAAGAGCAAAAGGAGGAGUAUAGCUUCUACAUUCGGCCUUGACAGUAGAAAAAGACGGAGGGAGUCAGCCCCAAUAUUGUCUCGGACUGAGAGUGAGGAGAGAUCUGAGGGAAGUUCUACCUCGGAUAACCAACCUCAACCCUCCGGUACUAAGAGAAGUAGACCUGUCUCUAAACUCAACUCUCUGGUCAGCAGACUCACCAAACGACCCAAGAUGACUGUACUCAACAAAACUUCCCUCGAUUGGAACAAAUUCAAGAAAGAUAAUUCUAUUGAAGAGGAUGUGAAGAAUGAGGCAAAAUCGGAGGACUUUUUGGGAAAACAAGAUUUCCUGACUAGGGCAGACCAUAAACAGUUCGAGUUAGAGAAAGAUAUCAGAGCGCAGCAAGCCAGACGGAGACAGAUGAUGCCUAAACAAUUCUGAGACUGAGUGGAAUCAGAUGAUAUGAUAUGGUGUGGCCUUGUUGAACAAGUUUAUUUCAUUACAUAUUACUUCUACAGACCGAAUGGCCCUAGACACGUAAAGAUGGCAUGUUUUGGGAUGUUUUAUACCAAUGUAUUUAUAGAAUAUCAUCAUUAAAUUAUUUGAUAUGUAAUGUUAUGUACGGUAUUUGAAUUAAUUCCAUGCUGUAUAGAUCGCAAUUUUACAACACAGCUUUCAUAAAAUCUA